GAAAACUACAUUUCCCGACAGGCCGCUUAAGGGAGGGUGUCCGAGAAAGUGGCUCUGAGCUGCCAAGGAUUUCCCAGAGUCAGUCAGGUAGCACUUUGAGGAUGGAGCUCUCGCGGGGAGCCAGCGCCCCGGACCCGGACGAUGUCCGGCCUCUUAAACCGUGUCUGGUACGCCGCAACCACAGCCGCGAUCAAUACGGCCUGGCGGCCUCCAGCCUCGAGGACCUAAGGAGCAAAGCCUGUGAAAUACUGGCCAUUGAUAGAUCCCUGACACCCAUCACCCUGGUCCUGGCAGAGGAUGGUACCAUCGUGGAUGAUGACGAUUACUUCCUUUGCCUCCCUUCCAACACGAAGCUCGUGGCGCUGGCCUGCAAUGAGAAGUGGACAUACAACGAUUCGGACGGAGGAACAGCCUGGGUUUCCCAAGAGUCCUUUGAUGCAGAUGAAACAGACAGCGGGGCAGGGGUCAAGUGGAAGAAUGUGGCCAGACAGCUGAAAGAGGAUCUGUCCAGCAUCAUCAUGCUGUCAGAAGAGGACCUCCAAGCACUCAUCGACAUCCCAUGUUCAGAGCUGGCUCAGGAACUCUGCCAAAGUUGUGCCACUGUCCAAGGGCUCCAGAACACACUCCAGCAGCUGCUUGACCAGAGAGAAGAGGCCCGCCAGUCCAAGCAGCUCCUGGAACUUUACCUGCAGGCCCUGGAGAAGGAGGGCAGCAUCCUGUCCAGCCAGGAAGAGGCCAAAACUGUCCUCGGUGAAGAGAUGGAUGCAGUUGACACAGGCAUCGGCAAAGAGAUGGCUUCAAAAGUGGCACUUACAAGCCAGAUCCUUACUGCACUGAAGGAGAAGCCUACUCCAGAGCUGAGUUUAUCUAGUCAGGAUUUGGAGCUGGUUUCCAGGGAGGACCCCGAAGCCCUGGCUGCUGCUCUGAGCUGGGACACAGAGAAGGCAGAGACAGUCCAGCGGGCCUGCAGCGAGGAGCUCGCCCUGCGCUUGCAGCAAGUGCAGAGCUUGAGGUCGCUCAGGAAUCUUUCGGCACGGAAGAACCCACAGCCCGGGGAGCAGCAGAGCCCCAAACGAGCCAGACAAGACCCCGCCUAGCUCAACUGGACACAAGCUUUGCUGAGGAGAACCCUUGGUUUUGUCACGAGUGAACUCCUUUACCCCGAUUUUACGGCCUACGUUCUACCUCCUGCCGCCCAGUAUGCUUUUCUAGCACAGGUGGCUUAUACCCCUCCAGAAAAGCUGUUCCAAGUCUACACAUACACCCUUCCGCCUCCACCUAAUGUACUUAGAUUUCCGUCUUUGUUUUUUGUGUGUGUGUUUUGUCUGCAUGUAUGUCUGUACCAUGAAUACCAGAAGAGGCUGUCGGGUCCUCUGAAACUGGAGUUACAGACAGCUGUCAGCACCAUGUGUGUGCUGGGAAUGGACUCCGGGUGCUCUGUGAGUGCAGCCAAUGUUCUCUUGUAGUGAGCCUUCUCUCCAGCCCCAGAAUGUCCUUAUCACAUAAUGGGCCUUAGGUUAAGGUGAAAGUGCUUACCAAGGACAAUUAAAAACUGUCAUGCUGUGGACCCAAUGUCCUUAUCCUACAACUUGAACAGUUGAGUUUUAGACAUAGGCAAUGGUAGAGAAAAGGCUGUCUACCAGAGCAGCAAUCAUGGCCAUGAACUUACUUCUCAAGUUAAUAAAUGCGGUUGCUGUUUGUAUAAGGCGCAUACUACAUUUGUAGACCCCGGGACAUGGAGUCUACUCCAUUUCUAAUAUCUGACUCAGUGUUGGGAGCUGUUGCCAUGGUGAAACCCCCUUCUAUUUUCUAAUGUGUUUUGCCGGUGGGGGUAGAAAGAGUCAUUAAGUGCUUCCCAUGCUCUGCAGCUCCAGGUCUCUCUGUGCAGAUGAGCGCACUUCUGGUUUUCUCUGCUGUUUCUGCUCAGACUUCUGCAACCUCUGCAAUCUGCAGUGCUGUCUGCUUUCAGGGAAUGGGUGCUUAGCGACGGGGCAUCUGAUUUUUAUGCAUGCUGGGAAGAAAACAGCACUACCUUGCAACACCUGCCCAGUUUUUAAUUUGUCUGCCAGCUUGCACAUGUGUGUGUGAGUGUGUGUUUGUGUGUUUGUUCUGGGUGCUGGGGAUUGAACUAGGGAUGCUCCCUAAUGAACCACACCCCAGCUUCACUUUGGCCAGUUAAGCAAAGAAAUGAAGCAUUAAGUCUUGGGGCAAAGGCGGGGUGCAGAAAACAGAUAAAAAGAAUUGUUUCCUUGCCUACAGCGGUCAGGUCUGUGGGCAGCUUUUACAUGUUGUGCCUUAUAAGAUCUCGUCCCAGCACCCCCCACCCCCGCAUCUUUGUAGUGCUUCUCAAUCCUUAAAUAAAAGCCAUCGCUGAUCACCCACCCACUGUUAUUUGUCUAGAAACAUUAAUCCCUUUCAAGUGUGAUAGUACACAAACACAAAGGGAAAUACUUUCCAAUAGAAGAGUAUAUGCCACUGUCUGUACUGACCAGCGCAUCAAAGCUGGCUGGUGCUUGUAAUAGCAUCAGGUUACCUUGAAUUUGGCCGAGGUAGGCUGGCAGAGAGUUGUCAGCAGCACUGGGCCGACAGUGAGAUUUUCCCAAACAGUGAAGUUCUGAACAGAAUAACACCUGUCCUUGGGUUACAGGUUAACUGUGUGUGUUCCUAGAAAUGCAGUAUAUAUUAAAACUAAAAAUAACUUUUAAAAUAAUCCCAGCACUUGGGAGGCAGAGGCAGGGGGAUCUCUGUGGCUGAGGCCAGCCUGGUCUACAGAGUGAACUACAGGCCAGUCAAGGCUUUAUUUUCUCAAAGAAAAUAAGAAAAAAAAAAAAAAAUUAAUGGAAUUAGGUUUCAAACUAAGAUAAUUUUGGAUGGGUGUUUGCCUUCGGCUUAUAUUUAUUUAUUCUCUGCACGGAGCACACAUGCAUGUAAGUAUGUGUGCAUGCAUCCUACUGCUAAUGUGGAGGUCAAAGGGCAAUCUGUGGGAGUCCUUUUUCUUUCCUUCCCACCAUGAGGGCCCUGAGGACUGAACUUGGUUCUUCAGACUUGGAAGUAAGCGCCUUUACCUGCUGAGCCAUCUUGCUGGAUACAAAACAAAUUUCUAUCCACAUGGAUUCUCAGUCUGCUCAAGUCUUUCAAGAAGCCAGGCACUGUGUGAUGGUGUACUUGUUACCUACCCGCUUGAGAGGCAGAGGCAGGAGGGUCAUUUGAGGCCAGCCUGGACAGAAUCAUCUCAAAAAGUAGCACUGCAGGAUAUGGAAUAAUUCUGUCUUGUACAAUUUUAAAGACUUAUUAAAAAUGUUUAGGUUUA